AUGGAUUUAUUAAUUCUUUGUUGUUUUGGUGGUGUUCCUUUUAUUCAAUUUCCCUCCUCCCCCUCCUCUCCUUCUUCAAAACAACCUUUAGACAGAAUUAGGCAUCAAUGGGACCCCACAGAUUGGGUUGCUGUUGAUGUUACUGAUUCUCUUUUAUUUACAAACAAUUCUUCUUUCUCCUUCCCUUCUUCAUUAAAUCCUUUAUUGAAAAACAUAUUGCCUUCGGAUAUAUCAACAAUUAAUUUAGAACAAUGUGACCUUUGGAAUUUAACUUUUGCUUCUAAUGCAGAUAAACAUUUAUUUAAAAAAAGUCAUGGAAAACUUAAAUGCAGGUGUCCAUUCGAAUAUAUUGGAAUAUCCUGUCAACAACAAAAAGCUAAAGAGAAAACAACCAAAACAUUAAAUAAAACAACAAACAAAACUUUAAACAACAAAACAUUCCCCUCUUCCCCUUCCUCUUCCCCUCCCUCUCCUUCACUUUUAACCAACUUAACCACCAACCAAACAUUCAAAACAAUGGCUUUAAUUGGGAGAACAACAACAACAUUUUCUGGAAAUUCUUUUAUUUGGUUUUUACUUGUUUUUAUGGUUUUGGCUUUAAUUAUGGUUUCUUUGUUUAUGUAA